AGUACCACUGUUUUUCCACUUUCAGAACUAAAAUAUUAUGCGAAAUGUCCUAGUAUUUCUCCACCCUCUGGCCCUAUAUUGUUUCUGAAAAGAUUUAAAAAGGCCAACCCAGUGUUCUGGCCAAGAGCAUCUCCCAAUGCUAUUACGUUGAUUUUAGAGAUCUUUGGCAAUAUGAUCGUAAAUUUCACCAUCGGUCUUUAA